AUGGGAAUGUCACAGAAAACAAAAGCACCAGCUGAUUGGUGGGCAUCAUAUAGAUAUUCGAUGCCUAAUCUUAAAAAGUUUGCCAUACUGGUCCUUAGUCUAACUUGUAGUGCUACAAGUUGUCAAAGAAACUGGAGUGUUUUUCAACACCUUCUUACGAAGAAACGAAAUAGAUUGGCACGGUCUAGAUUAAAUGACAUGGUGUUUGUCAAAUUCAAUCGUGCCUUAGACCGUCGAGUUAAAGAUAAGGAGAAGGAUCCUAUUCUUUUACAAGAGAUUGAUGAAAGUGCUUAUGAGCCUAGUUAUCUAACUAGAUCAAGAGUGCAAAAUGAUGGAGCCGGGCCAUCGGGUAUUGAUAAGGGAAAAGCUCCAGAAUCUAGUCAACGAUCUGGAUUUCGUUUGAUGGAUGAAGAGGUGGAAGAGGAUAUCAGAAGUGAUUGUGGAGGAGAUGAUGUUGUCCAAGUUGACGUUGAUGAUGACCGUUUCGCGUAUUUUUAG